CUAUAAUAACAUCAUGGCUGCCCUCUGUACAGUCAGACGCCGGUGGAGAAAGUUGAAAUGUCUGCAGAUUUUCACCAGAAACCUUACAGGGAGCUAUGACUAUGACUUGGUGGUUAUUGGUGGAGGCUCUGGAGGCCUGGCCUGCUCCAAAGAAGCGGCACAGCUGGGACAGAAAGUCGCCGUUUUAGAUCAUGUUGAACCGUCUGCUAAAGGAACAAAAUGGGGUCUUGGUGGCACGUGUGUUAACGUUGGCUGCAUUCCUAAGAAGCUCAUGCAUCAGGCCGCUCUCCUUGGUACUGCAGUCAAAGAUGCAAAGAAGUACGGCUGGCAGAUGCCAGAGACACUCCGCCAUGACUGGGCCACCAUGGCAGAGGCAGUUCAGAAUCAUGUCAGAUCUUUAAACUGGGGCCACAGAGUCCAGCUCCAAGACAAGAAAGUCAAAUAUCUGAACCUCAAAGGCAGUCUGCUGGACGAACACACAGUGAGAGGUCUGAGCAAAGCAGGAAAGGAGACAGUCCUGACCGCCAAGAACAUUGUGAUCGCCACAGGUGGACGACCAAAGUACCCAACUCAGAUCCCUGGAGCUGCGGAGCACGGCAUCACCAGCGACGACAUCUUCUGGCUGAACAAGUCCCCCGGAAAAACACUCGUGGUUGGAGCCAGCUACGUUGCUCUGGAGUGUGCCGGCUUCCUCACUGGCAUCGGCUUGGACACCACGGUGAUGGUUCGUAGCGUCGCCCUCCGGGGUUUUGAUCGGCAAAUGGCGGGUCUUGUGACGGACUACAUGGAAGCUUAUGGGACCAGGUUCGUUUGGAGGUCCGUUCCCAAAAGAGUGGACCGGCUCCCGUCGGGAACCCUUCAGGUGACGUGGAGCGACACCGGAACCGGCAGGGAGCACAAAGACACCUACGACUCGGUGUUAUGGGCCGUGGGAAGGGCUCCCGAAACCAAAGCCCUCGGACUCGACAAGCUGGGCGUGCAGCUCAACCAAGAGACGGGGAAAAUAGUCGUAGGCCCAGACGAAUCCACCUCGGUGCCAAACGUCUAUGCUUUCGGAGACAUCGGCGAGGGUCGUCCAGAGCUGACCCCAACUGCCAUCAGGGCAGGAAAGCUCCUUGCCCACAGGCUUGCCGGCCAGAGCACCGACCUUAUGAACUACGACAAUGUGGCCACCACAGUGUUCACCCCUCUGGAGUACGGCUGCGUCGGCCUAUCAGAGGAGGAGGCCGAGAGGAGACGUGGAAAAGACGGGAUAGAGGUUUUCCACGCCUUCUACAAGCCACUAGAAUUCACCGUCGCAGAGCGCGAUGCCAGCCAGUGUUGCAUAAAGGUUAUAUGUGAGAGGGGAGGCGACCAGAAGAUUCUGGGUCUGCAUUUCACUGGUCCAAAUGCUGGGGAGGUCAUACAGGGAUUCUCUAUGAGUUUGCAGUGUGGAGCCACGUAUCGUCACCUGCUGCAGACCGUAGGAAUCCACCCCACCUGCGCUGAGGAGGUGGUCAAGACCCACAUCACAAAGCGCUCUGGUUUGGACCCAACGGUCACCGGCUGCUGAGGUUAGGCCCCUCGGUUUCUGAACGCAGCGAGCACACAGGGCCCCUGUAGUGGGGACUUGAAAGGGGGCCUCUUAUAGGGGCUGGUUACUGCAGCUCCUCCACUGGAAGGUCUGGUCACAAACCACCGAUUCGGAUUAUCAUUGUCCGCUAAUGCCAUUUGUUAACCAGGUCUGUUAUUAAGCCCUACACACAGAUGUGUGCCUUGGAAGAACAUAAGGUAAUGAGAAAGAGAGAGAGGGCGAGAGGGCUCUGGUGUGGAAUGAGCUGCUUUUAAAUAGCCUGGCUCAUCAAUCAGGAGGGAAACGCACAUUUAGGAUUUUUGCCGAGAAUUCACAAGGAGCGGGUCUGAAUUUUCUUCUGAAUAUACAUUCUGCAAAUAUUGUUGUUUCUCCGGCUGUAUUUCCUGUCCAUUAGUCUUCGAGGUGACACAUACCAUACGGCCCCCCAGCCCCCAAAGCGUGACACUGAUGGAUGGCCCCAGGGCCGUCGCCACAGCGACACCGCUCCAUUUCCCAUGGACACAAAUAGUCAGCAGGGCUGCUGUCAGUCAGCCUGCAGAGGCCUGGACUGAGGAGUUUAACCCUCAGUCCAGGGUAAAGUCCUCCAUCCACAAGCAGGGACAAGUAUACUAAUAUGUUCUGUCAAAUAGCCGCACGAAUGCAAAAUCCAAGACUUACACAGGUCCAUUUCAUUUUACUGCAGCUGCUCUACCCAAACUCACCCACAGGCGGCGCUGUUGCCCUCCUGUUUCUGUAAUGCAUUCUGAGCCGACAGUGGAAGACGGGAUGAAGCAGUCACUGUAUAAAACAUGAACCCGAGUGCAUUCAGGUUGCACAUUUAAUCCCUUUAAUCCCCAUUAGAGAUGCGUGCCUCCAGAAGUCUGACUUUAUUGGUGCCAAGCUGAUAAGGGUUAUCGGUUGUAUAUUUACACGGAUGGCAGGUUGGCCCUCGAGAGUCAUCACCCCUGAAGAUAAGGCGACUUGUUUAUAUCAAUAAAGCAUUAACGGAGCCCCGCGUCCGCCCAAGACCGUUCAACCUGCCGUCUGCGUCGGACAUCUUGGCUUCGUUAAAGUCGACGGGGAGAAGAGGACGGGCCAGAACUCGAAGAACCGGCGAGUACGUCGGAGUUUGUUUUUAUUUGAAGUUUAAUCUGCCCCGUCUGAUUAAUGAUUCCGAUGAAGGGAGUGACAGACCGUCAGGAGAUAUGGGGGGGGAGAGGAAAAAAUGAGAGCAGGAAAGCUACCAGGUUUGUUUGAGAGAGAGAGCUGAGUACCAGCCCCGGUUGGGAGGGAAAGAGGGGGGAUUCCUGUGUGCUCUGUUCAGGGCCGAGGUGCUGACUGAAGGACCCUGACCUCCGCUCAGCAGGAACAGCUUGACUCUAUCACUUGGAGCACAGAGGGCUCAUGUGGUGUAGCAGAGCACAGCAGGGGCCUGGAUGGAGGGGAGGAGAUGAACAGAGGGGGGGGACAGCAUGGGCCAGGGAGCAGACCAAACCAACCAACACAAUACUGAGUUGUGCCCUGGGUUACUCAGUCUAUGUUCCUGUGCUUAACGAGCCACUUCAGGGGGCCGCCAAGGUGGGCCCGAGGCAGCGCAAAGGAAGUCAUUGAGACUAUCAGCCAAACUGUAAUAUCUGUUUGUUUUUUACCCGUCACUUCCCCUUUAACCAGGUCCCGUCUUCUCUCCUGUUUGCUGCUCCAUCCAGACGUUAACGCACACAUAAAGACUUAUUUCUCUUAACUUUACUGAGAUAUGUGACUGUUUGGUAUUGAUAUUGAGGUCAAAUACUUGCCCUCAAAUCUUCAGCUGUGCGAGUGGGGGUCAGGGCUCAACUUUCAGGUCGGCCAGCUAAUGAUGACCUGCACUCAAAACCAGAACCUGGGGAGUGCAGGCCUGAUGUCACCUGGCCACAAACUGACUGUAAAUAAACAGAGAGAUGUAAUUUUACAAUAAAGCUUUGUGAUCUGUUAUUGAUAUGUAAAAUGAUAACACACUCAGAUAACCGUGUAUAUAAGAUAGAAAGUGAUUCAAAGUCUGAAGGUGCUGCUAUUCCUACAUGAGUAUAUGAUAAAAAUAAAACCAAACCAUUUGUAAAGGAAAUACAAAGUGAAAGGCACUUUAAAAAUACCCAUCAAAUAUCGAGAAAGAUGCUUGCAUGCCAUUUAUUUGUAAAGCUUAGGUUAGCAUUAACUGCUAAUCUUGCUUCGUCCAAAAAGGGGGAACUGUGUGGGUGUCACUUCUAUUCAGAAGCAGGCAUUUAGUUUUUAAUGCCCAGACUUUUAUCUUUUUUUUUUUUUUUAAGUUUCGUCCUUCAGAGUAAGCCAGGAAUUCUCAUUUCCUUGAAUCACAGAUUUCAUUCAAAGCUAAAGAGACAUUUUUAUAACCAUUUGCUCCAAAUAUUUACACCUAAUCAGUCAUUGUGAUUCUUCACUAUUUCGUACUUCUGCAGGUUACAGAAAAUACCUGAGCAGGUAAAACCAAUCUGUAGAACACAUGAAAUGUAUGAAACCUUUAAGAUUAGUUAAAAAUACAGCAAGAUAUUCUGAACUGAUCACAGAUUUUUUUUUUUUUUUUUUUAGAAGUUUUAAUUUGUAAAUCUUGUUAUAUGUUUGGGUAUCUGACACAUGAGGGCAACCAGGGUGCUGUUCACACAGUAAUAGUUAAUUUUAUCCAGGCUAAAUAGGGAUGGCAACCACAAGUGUAAAUCGAUUAUAUUAUAUUUUCCAACUCUACUACAUAAUGAAAUUAAUCAUGAGAUUUAUGCAUUUUUAUAUAUUUUUCCUCUAUCAACACAAUUUAUCUGUAACUAAAAAAGAGCUACAGUAGAAGAGACAAGAAAAUUAGCUUGAUAGCGACCUUGAACCAUCCCCUUGAACAGCCAAACAUUUAUGCUAGCUUCCUUGUAUUUGUGUGAAACUGGGUUUGAGUUGAUUCUCGAGCUUGGCCCUGUAUAUUUCUGAGGUUUUUUUGGCUUCAUAAUGUUUAAAAAUUAAAACUUCUCAUUGUUUGA